AUGUCAGCGAAGCUCAAAUGCAAGGAUAUAAUCAUCGGGAAAGCUAACGGCUCUUCUUUCAACUUUGUGAACACACUUCGUUGCCCUCUGGAAUCCAAAUGGUGCAUAAACAUGAAUGUCAGUUUCCAUUCGCCUAUAUACUCAAUCGAAGGCCUCUUUGGUAAUUGCGAUUCAAGUGGUUUCAUUGGAGCAUUGCUCAACUUCACAAAACCGAUGGCGGACCUUUCAUGCAAGGCUAGUCACAUCUUUUAUUUUAUUUUUUUUCGGAUUCGUGUCAUUUUUGAAAGUGAAUAA